AUGUCAGGGUCACAAAAAUGGGGGCUGGGAUUUUGCUGCCAACCACAAGUUUAGAAUUUUAGCUUAUAGAAAAUUUGUAGUCAUUUUUUUGAAUAUUUGCCUUGCAAAAUUUCCAUAAAAUUGUGAUCAUCAUGAUGUCCUGCGAUUUUGAGAUUCAAGGCAAGUUGCCACCGGAGGCCUUUGAAUUGUUUGCUGCUGCCCAGGCCUUGGCCAUGGGACUUCGGGGAUACAUCAGCCAGGUGGCCGAGGACACCUGGAAGGGUGUACUCCAGGGUGAGGGCAAGGUCAUCGAGGCCUUUAAAAAGUUUAUAAUGGCUGCCGCCGAAUAUGUGGAGGCCAUCAGGGAGUUUGUCAUCAAGAAUCUCAAGGACAUCGAGGCUUACACCUACAAGACAUUUGAAGUGCAAAAGAAAUAA